AUCGAUUUCCCCUCAAUUUGUUUUCCUCCCUCCAAAUUUCACCAAUAAAGCACAAACCCUGGUAAUUCUCGGUUGUGCCCGCCGUUUCCAAAACAUGGUCUUCACCUCUCCACCAAAUUCAUUCUUUCUUUCACACAAGUCUUCCGCUCCCCCCUUCUCCUAAAUCGAACCGCGCGCCGCCUCUAAUCAUCAAAUCUAUCUCUUAAUUUCUUACAUUCAAUCCAUCCAAUUAUUCCCAGCAUGCCACCUAAAGGCAAAGCAACCCGGGCUGCCAAAGGAAAGGGCACGGCCACUGGCUCGUCCUCUAAAACCACCCAUGCGGUGCAGCCAGUCUCGGAGUUCUCACCGGCUCACUUUGGUGUUGAACUCCCUGAUGAUGCCUCAUUCAAGAACUGGGAAAAGCUUAUUCACAUCCCAGUUAAGCCCACUAAGUAUAUCUGUCCAACUACAUUGGAAAAGUUGGGCAUCACGGAUGAUGUAUGGGCCAUGGUAGAUCGUGUGGGACUUCGGAAGGUCUUCACAGGGAAUUGGCUUACUUAUAGGAUUCUUACGAUCGAAUUCCUGUCGACGUUGAAAAUCACUUAUGAUCGAACCAUUCCUACAGAGUGCUCCUUCCGUUUGCUCAACCAGGACUACAAGCUUCCUUGUAAUAAUUUCAAUGACAUUCUUGAAAGUCCGCAGAGCGGGGUGUAUGGUGUUGCGGUUUUCAACUGCGGACGUUCUAGGCCGCCAUGGCUGACUUAAAUCUUGAGGACAACAACCACUUCGUUACCGGCCGUGCAAAGGCAAAAGCUUUGAGAAAUCCGGUCUUCCGCUAUCUACAGCGGGUGAUGGCGUACAACUACUUUGCCUGAGAAAAUGUGGGCAACAUGCGAUCUGACAAGUUGCUACAUCUCAAGUGUAUGCUCAGAGGUGACAAGAUUGACUUAGCUCCUCAGUUGCUGGAUCAGUUUCACAGUCAACUCACCUCCCCGACCGCCUCCAUUGGCAUUGGAGGAUUUUUCACCGCACUUGCUGACGAGUUGAACAUUGAGAUCACGGAGACCGCGAUUUCUCAAGAUAUCUUGGUGGAUUUCAAGGUGUUAAAAGCAGCGGGACAUAUUGCGGGUGGCCGAAACUUAUAUUGGGUCUUGAAGCCUAAGUUGUACUUUCCAUUGCCCAACCCACAUUUGACUACUGUGCUGGAUGUGGCGGAUCGCUCGAACUGGCUGAUGAACACCCCGGAGCACCUCAACCUCAUAGUCAAGCGUCCACCGACAUCACAGGCAGGACGGGCCGCUGCAAGAGAUGAGGCUGCAGAGGAGGAAGCAGCUUAUGAGGCAGGGGGCGACGUGCCCCAAGAGUCUGAGGCGGGGACUUCAUCCUACUUUCCCCACCACCAUGCACCUCCGCCGCCGCCCGUUGGAUACGAUUUCAAUGCUAUGGAGCAGCGGCUCUACGGCUACAUAGAUGUCGGCUUUGCCACAAUGCAGCAACACCUCUACGGCCACAUGGAUGCAGGUUUUCAAAACCUGCAAACCGACAUGUACGGCCACAUGGACAAUCAAUUCGCUGCAUUUCAAAGGCAGCAACAGGGCUACUUUGAUGCUCAAUUUGAAGCUGAGCGCACUGCCUGCCUAAGGCAACAUGAGGAGUACAUGCGCCAACAUGAGGCGUAUAUGAGGUUGAUGAAUGAUUGGCAGCGAGCCUUCCCAGGACCGCCGCAGGAUCCUCAGGACCCGCCGGCCCCUUGAGCCCCGAUGAGUUCGACUCCGUGCCCUACACUUCCUUUUCAAACUUAUUCUUCCUUAUGGAGAAUAAGUUUGGGGGGAUGUGGCUGUGUGGGCACUCUAUCUUUAUGCUUUGCUUCUUUUUAGUUUGUGUUAGUUGUUUUUAGUCUUGUUUGUUUUGGUUAGAGUCGUUUUUGUGAAGUUGUCAGUCUUGCUUUUGUUUGUCUCUCUGUGAUGAUGCCUUGGUGGAAAGAUGAGAUGUACAUGGAUUAGUUGGAUGACUGGCCUAUGAUGAUUUCUGUUUUAAACUUGUGAAAUUGCAUGUGUUUGUGUUGAUAUUAUUGAGAUUGAGCAUGAUUGAUGAAUGAUAAGCGUGGUCUCUAUAUGUUUGCAAUCAAUGAUAUAAGCUGUGAGAUUUGAGCCUUGACUGUCACUAUUUUCUACAGUCUUAUUUCUUUUUCUUAAGUGAUUGUUCGAGCAUGCAUGUUUCUCACUAGAACUUGUCUUAGUUUCUCCCUCGAGGUCACAUAGUGUGCUUAAUAACUGUGAGAUGAUAGAAGGCUAUCUUUGCUAGCCCAUAUAUAUCAUACUUGUCCUUUUACUUUAUAUGAUCCUAGUUCGCCCUUUUGAGCUUUUUAUUAUCCAUUUUAUUUGGUUUAGCCGUGGGUGGGAGCUUGGAGUUUGUUGUUAUGGGAUAGUUGGUUUGUGGAGGUGUGUGAUUAUGGUUUAUGAACUUUGAUCUUGAUUGGAAAAAAUCAUAGUAUCCUACAAGUCGUUGAAAAAAAAAAGUGAGAAAAUUGGAAAAAAUUGGUACAUAGGAUGCAUUAGAAAGUCAUAAUGUCAUGAGAAAUAAUUGUUGUGUUGUGAUGAAUUAUAUAUUGAAAAAUUUGAUUUUGUGGAAGGUGGAUGAUAGAAUUGAGUAAGAAUGCUAUAAGGUUAGUGAUGAUGUUACUUUGUUUCGCAUCUUUUAGUCACUUAGCCAAAUAUAUCCUACCUUGCCAAAGAGCCUACAUUACAACCCUCAAUAAAGACCUUUUUGACCUUGGUUAUAGGAGCACACAUUUAGUGUUGGAGAGGUGAGACGAUUGACAAUCUUAUGGAUGAGUACUUGUUCUGCUUGAACUGAGCGUAUACACGUCCAUGUUGAUUGACACACUUGAAAGUUGAGAGUUCUUAAAAUUCUUUAUCUUUUUGGUGAGGAUUGCAAGUCAUUGAGACCAUAAUUUGAAGUUUGUCAUGAGUGUUAUAUCUUGAUGAUAGGAGAUACAAAUGCAUGUUGUUAUUUUUGUUGAUAAAUCUGAAGUCACAAUGUUAUCCACUUUUCUCUGCGCUCUUGUUGAUUCACCUUUGGUUCAUCUUUGUUUUUGUCCGAGGACGGACAAUGGUUUAAGUUUGGGGGGUUGAUUUACAUGCAUUUUUCCUCUCCUUUGUCGUGCUUAUUCAUAGUUUUUGGGGUGUUUUCAUUGAGUUCUUGAGUGUCUUUGGUUUGAUUUGUUCAAUUUUAUGGAAUAGACUACUCAUCCGUGCUCGUGCUAUUUUUACAGAUUCUUGGACUCGAUUUGUGAAGUUUUGGAUGAAGUGUAGUGAAGUACGCGAAGUGACGAGUCCAUAGGCACGAAUGGGGCUCAAAUCGGGCAUCGGAUGAGCAAGAACGAGCGUCGGGAAGUCCGCGUGUCGGAGGACACGCGGCCGCACGCGAGGAGGCACGACGGGAGGUCGCACGGUCCAGGCAUGCGGCCGCAUGCCACGGCCGCGCGACGAUGCAGAAUUCACUGGAGGACCGCGCGGUCAGGGGGCGCGGCCGCGCAAAGAGGCUGCGCGAGCAACCAUGUGGCCGCGCGACACGCCGAUUUUUUCCCAAUUUUCUGGAUUUUCUUUUAAAGCGCGAUUUUGGGAGUAUUUUUGAGCUGGAAGACCUAGGGCAUAUAAAUACCACCCAAUAGCUUAUUCCAGGGAAUCUUUUAUCAUUUUCUACAUCUUUUGGAGAGUUGUGAGAGACAGAGCAAGAGCAAGAUUGAAGAUCUUCAACUUUACUACGGUUUUUCAUUGUUGAAUGCUUAUUUGUAUUUUUGAGAUAUUGAUUUCUAGUCAUAUGUCUAUGUGUGGCUAGAGUUCUUUUUCCCAGGGUUUAGGGAGUAGACACGAUAUAAAUUUCUAACUGUUUGAUUCAAUUAAUUGAGAUUGUUAUUCCUUUU